GUAGGUGGCGGAGAUGCACCUCGAGUAACUUACCAAACCAAACGUCAUUCAAUAGAAAGGUAGUAGAAGAAGAACUUCGCCUGUUUAUCAACAAGAAGCCGGUGCUUUCGCCGACGUGUACUUGAUUAAUAGUACUUAUUAACUAUUUUUAUUAGUGGUAACAACUUUACGAUAACAUAUCUAUUUAAAUAUGUGGAUUCUCUUUUUGGAAACGUAAAUAACACAACUACUUUACCGAGAGACUUUACAGUUAAUAACCUGUCAAAAGUGGGAUUUGUUGAACUAUGCCCUGUCGUGUCACCUGCGUCACACUGCUGCUCUCUGCUGGGAUACUGAUCCAUGUGAUUAAAGCCGAGGAGUAUACUGAAGAAAUUAAGCCUCCAGACUGGAAAAAGACCCUAAAAUCCAUCCGGAACGGACUCCACAAAAUAGACAAAUACCUUAACGUGGCUUUAGACAUGAUUGGAGGUUCAGACGGACACUGUGUCUUUAAGUGCAAUGACGGAUACACACCAGUUCCUCGUCCCAACUACAAACCAUCUCCACCCAACGGAUGCGGAUCCCCUCUGUUUGGAUUCCAGUUUGAUAUUGGGCUCCCAUCAAUGACCAGAUGCUGUAAUGAGCACGAUCUGUGCUAUGAUACCUGUGGAAGAGAGAAAAAUGACUGCGAUGAGCAGUUCCAGGUCUGUCUGGGGACCAUUUGUAGUUACUUACAAAUGACACUGGGUUUGUCCCAAAGUGUGCAAGCCUGUCAAUCAGCAGUGACUUUGCUCUUCGAUACUGUGAUGCACUUGGGAUGUAAGCCGUACCUGGACAGCCAAAGAUCAUCCUGCAUUUGCCACUAUGAGCAGAAGGAUGAGUUGUGAGCAGUUAAUAUGUUAAUGUAGAAGUUUGAUUGUUUAUCGUCUCAGGGUACUGCAAGAUGCAACACAAUUUGUUUCUUCACUUUGUAUGCAUUCAUUGCAAUGUCAUAGUAUACUGUGUAUUUUGUAAUUACAGGAAAAGUUAAAUUAUUUUAUAUAAUUCUAAAAUUAUACAUGCUGAUGUGCCUUAUAUAUAUAUAUAUAUAUAUAUAUAUACACUACAUGUAGAUUGAAUAUAUAUAGUAAACUUGAAUGAGACUUGAUGAGCCAAUAAUCUGAAUCCGUAGACACAUUUGUUGAGUUCAUGUUCAGGUGAAAAGUCAAGAAGAGCUUUAACAAAUCUGAAUUUUAAUAUCAAAAAGCAAGCAAUACGUAAUAGAGUGAGCCAAUAGACACAUUAUGCCUUAAAGAAUGAGAACGUUUUCACAACAGCCAGUGGCUAAGAACUUUAUCACAGUAUGACCAGUAAUCUCUCAUACACACACAAAUAAUAAUAAUAAUUUUACAAGCUUUUGUUUAGAACGGUUUUAUCAAGAAAAAAAAGUCCACUUUAAAUUGCAUUUGCAACCCUUUUGUUUUUUUCAUAUUUCAGCAUUAAAUUUCUCCAAUAACUUUUUCAUUGUAAAUUUAUUAGAUUGUCUAUACCAGAAUGGAGUCGGAACUGAAUCGGAUUACAAAAAAUAAAUAAAUAAUAAUAAUAAAUAUAUAUAUAUAUAUAUAUUUAUUUUUAUAUAUAUAUUUUUUUUUUAUUAGAAGACAUUUUUUCUUUGUAAUAUUAUGGGCAAAUCAUAGGGCUAAGAACUUGCAUUAAGAAAGUCAAUAGGGUCCAUUUUUUAUUUAAUGUUGACUUUAAAAAUUUACAGAAUAUUUAUCCACAGUUUUUAAAUAACCUUAAACUCUUAAUAAACAGUAAGAUCAGUUGUA